AUGGGUUACGGUAAGAGAAAGGGUACUGCCGAGGCUAGAAUGCCAUCUGCCGUUUUGUGGAUGAGACGUCUCAGAGUCCUGAGAAGAUUGCUCGCCAAGUACCGUGCCGCCGGAAAGAUCGACAAGCACCUAUACCACUCUCUGUACAAGAGUGCCAAGGGUAACACCUUCAAGCACAAGCGUGCCAUCGUCGAACACAUCAUCCAGGCCAAGGCUGAGGCUUCCAGAGAGAAGGCCCUGAAGGACGAGGCUGACGCCAGAAGAUUGAGAAACAAGGCUGCCCGUGAAAGAAGACAACAAAGAAUCUUGGAGAAGAGAGAGGCCCUCUUGAAGGACGACGAGUAA